AUGAGCGACAAUCCACCUCCAAAGAAGAAGUCUCGCUUCUUUUCGAAUGGAAUGAGCGUCGUUGAUAACAUUCUGCGUCCACUUAACAAACAGGCUCGUAAAGGCGGCGAAGGUGAUGGCUCGGCUGAGGCAGAAGCCAACGACCCUCCAAGAGAUGGUACUCCCUCGACUGAGCAAGGUCCCUCUCUACUGUCCAACAUUCGGCCUGCUGUUCCCUCGACAUUGCCAGCACAAACGACAACACCAAAUGAAACUCCGGCGACUGGUAGUGCUCCUGCCCCACCGAGCGCGUUUCUAGCUAGAGAACAUCACGACCACCGACAGAGCCCUCCACCACCGCGACACGCCCCGGAUAGCGAAGCCGAGACAGAGGUUGAGUCGAUUGCAGAUCGCCGAGAAGAUGAAGCAGAUUGUGGUGCGAGUGAUGAGGAGAACACCAAACCGAGCCUUCACAUUCAGAGACAACGACACCAGCGAAGACAAGCCAUCUACGGCGCAGAGGCUCUUCUCCCACAAGGGUCAAAAAUUGGUGGACAGCAGACUUCUCAGCCUCCAAGCUUCAUCUACAAUCCUCAUAGCAUCCCAGCACAAGGUCCGAUCCUGACCGCUCCCUCUGCCCUAGCACCUCCUGGCAACAGCUACACAUUUAGCGGCGUCCCUACAAACCCCAAUGCCACCACAGCUGGAGGCCAAUUUGCCUUCAACUUCAGACUCACGCAAGAUCUGCCAAUUCCUUCCACGAUCCAGCAACCGGCUUACAAUCAGUACCAACACCCCAUCGGUUCCGGCUUGGCACGCAUCGCUCACCAAGCCGUCCACGCUGAUACCGGGCCUCUGAAUCGGCAUGGGCAACAAGAUCCGACGACACCCAAACAACCCUUCCAAACAAAUGUACUUAACGCACCUUAUGUUGACAUGGACCGUGACGAACACGGCCGACGGCUUCGAGACUACGUCCCCCGGCCCACAGCCCAUCACGGCAUCUGCCACUCUUCUAAUACCGUGGCUCCUCGCCUUCGCGGGACAGACCUCGACUCCCUUAUUCCCGAACACAUGUACACGUCGCCCAACCGUGUGGAGCGCGCCCAACAAUUCGCACGCAUCAAUCUCAAGCGCAAGCGUCCCGAUGCAAUACUCCCACCAGCCAGCUAUGUGUACCAGCACACGGGGUCCCCAGACUUCAAUAUCUUCCACGGCCUGCUGCUCUACCCGGAACUGUGCUUCGCGCUGGCCGCCCACCUACCAGUCAAGGACCUGAUCUCUCUGUACGCCAUCUCCAAGGACUUCCACGUGAUUCUGGACACGCGCUUCACGACGGUGAUGCUGAGGCAAGCGGUCUCCAAAGCCCCGGACUCGGCGCGCACAUUCAUGUUCCGCAGCUACGCGCACCUCUGCCGGUCCGACCCGGCGGCGCGGAUUGCGCACCCCAACGCGCAGCUCGCCGAGCAGGGCACGCCGCGCAAGAUCCCCUCCUUCCGCUGGCUCAAGAUGGUGCUGCACCGCGAGAAGGUGAUCCACGAGCUGAUGACCGUGUUUGCCGAGGACGGGAUCCCGCUGCCCGCGCGCUGCGCGCUCGCCCUGAAGAGGCUGUGGUUCAUGCUCGACAUCCCCGACAACGCGCGCCGCAUUGGAUUCGUGCACAACAAGACCCUCAUGACGGACCUGGAUCUGUACUUCUGCGCGUGCUUCAUCACGAAGCUGGACAUGCGACUCAACGACCCGAUCAGUGGCGAGAAACGCGACGGAAUGCGCAAGCUAUUGCUCGCGCAGCGCAGUUUCACGCGCAUUCUCCGUGUCCUGAAGCGCGAGGUCUGGACGAUCAGGUUCGACGUCCUCCGCGAGUGGGUGAGGAUGAAGCACGUGAUCACCGAGGAAGACGAGGUGGGCCUCGACAUGUUCGGCGUGCCGGCCAGCGAGAUCGGCCGCGGCAGAUUGGAGUACUGGGGUCUGAAAACCGAGGAGGACAUCGGUCGCAAACUGCACGGCCUGUUGCGGCCCGACCAGCUGAUCGUGCGGGAGGCGAUCAAGCGGGGCAUGCGCUUCGAGAAGCAUUACCUCCGGUUCUUGCUAUACGGGUACGUGAGGCCGGACACGCUAGAGGACUAUGCGCCCAGGACGUACGGCCGGCGGAUCAGUGAGAUCCAAGACGAUGAGUACGAGGUUGACGAUCUCGUGGGCGGAGUGGCUGCGCUGGGUAUGGGCGACGAGGGCUUCGAUCCGUUACUGGACUUGGGCCAGCCGAGGGAGACGAGUCCGUACACGAUUGUCAAGGAAGAGACGAGUAAAGCGGAGGUGGUGAUGCGGGAGCGCGAGGACCAGUUUCUCGACAAGUGCAUUAGCUGGUGGGAGGAGGAGAGACGAGCGAUGCAGCCACUGAAAAAGCAUGCCGCGUGA